UUUCUGGUGCUUUUCAGACGUGCUCCACCAAGACGUUGCCACUACGAACCUCUUCCUGUCAGAGUCAGAAGUAACCUCAUCCAGUUUGUUCCGCAGGAAACUUUGAUCGGGGUUGAAUUGCCAGCCGAAAACACGUCUGAAGCCGAACCCACAAGGACCUACGAGUUGCUUCUGGACCACCUGGAUCGUCUCAGUGAAAGAGAACAAGACCGGACCACCCCUGCUCCCAUCAGAACCACCAGAUCACCCCAAAGUCCAAAGAGGAAAGGCCGCGGUCGGAAGGGGAAAGGCAGGUCCAGAAGCUUGUCUGAGCUUCACAACGGAGUGGUGAGACUGGUCAGGGAUGAAUUCUUGCAUGGAGACCGUGGACGGGUGGAGAUCUAUGUUCACGGGGAGUGGGGUACCGUGUGUGAUGACUUGUGGUCAAUAAAGAAUGCCGAGGUGGUCUGCAGACAGCUGGGAUUCAAGUACGCCCUAAAAGCAGCCAGGAAUGCUGAAUUUGGAGAAGGAAAAGGACUGCGGAUCCUCUUGGAUGAUGUUCAUUGCAAUGGCACAGAGUUCAACCUGUUGAACUGCAUACAUGCUGGAGUGGGGAACCAUAACUGCGCCCACUAUGAAGACGCUGGAGUGAUCUGUGGAAACUCAAAACCCUCUGAAGAAGCCUAGAAGCUGGCAGCAGAAAGACAAAUGCUUCAAACUAACCAAACUAAGUGCUAAAAUCAAGUCACGAUAAAAUGCUUUGAAUUGUCAAAUUGCAGCUUGUUCAGCAGAAUAAAUUCAUAUCAAGUCAUCUUGAGGUUUUAGAUAGAAUAAAAUAUAUGGAUUCAGUUC